GCCCCCCGCGCCACAAGGGUUCCAGAGCACGCGCAACGUGAGAAGCCUACUACGACUUCAUUCAGCCUUUUGCCACGCCUUUCAACGUAAACAAACGGGGGCUUGACCAAUAAGAUCCGCGAUAGAUCAGCCGAUGAUCAGAUGACUGAAAAGGGGGAAACUAUUUAAAACUCUAAUGAGACACUUGAUGCAAGUUUAUACAUUUCACGAGCGGCGCUUUCACGGACGCGCACAAAAAAACAGAAAACCCCCGCACCACCGGCUCCGUCGCUCUUUGUCAGCCACUGGAACUAAACUCACCUUCUUACCGAGCUACCAGCGGCGACGCAGAGAGACCUUUUAUAUUCCCAGGACGCUUUUAAUUCCUCCACACUCGUCUGUGACUGAGAAAUGAGUCACAAAGCCCUUUUACUGUGGAUUUUCCUACAGUGUGCCGCCGCGCUCUUCUCAUCCGCCGGCGGGGAAAACGCAGUCCUUAAAGACAGUGGAUUAGAUGAAGUGUCAACAGACAGCCAUGCUUUCACUGGUAGCGUCAAGUACAACAUGAGGAAGAGCUUCGACCUGGAACAGGAAGGCUGCUACCUGCAGGCCGGCAAGAAGGAGUGUCUGGAGGAGUGUGGCUUCAACGCCACCGCCAAGACCAUCUUCAUCAUCCACGGCUGGACGAUGAGUGGGAUGUUCGAAAGCUGGAUGCACAAGCUGGUCUCCGCGCUGAUGCAGCGUGAAAAAGAGGCCAACGUGGUGGUUGUUGAUUGGAUAGCGAUGGCUCAGCAGCUGUACCCCGACGCGGUCAACCACACCCACGCCGUCGGCCUCGACAUCGCCGGCAUGCUCAACUGGCUUCAGGACGAGCAGCAGCUACCUCUGGAGAAAGUGCACCUGAUUGGCUACAGUUUAGGCGCCCACGUAGCCGGCUACGCGGGAACGUUUGUGCGAGGGACCAUCGGCAGAAUCACUGGUCUAGACCCAGCGGGACCAAUGUUUGAGGGUGUAGAGGAUCAGAAACGCCUCUCCCCUGAUGAUGCAGAUUUUGUGGACGUUCUCCACACGUACACUCGAGAGGCUUUGGGUGUGAGCAUUGGGAUCCAGCAGCCAAUCGGGGACAUUGACAUCUACCCCAAUGGUGGUGAAGUGCAGCCCGGCUGUGCACUGGGAGACGUGCUGGCAGUGGCUGGAAAUUUCAUGGAGGUGAUGAAGUGCGAGCAUGAGCGCGCCGUGCACCUGUUCGUGGACUCCUUGAUGAACAAGGACCACAUGAGCUUCGCAUACCAGUGCACCGGGCCCGACCGCUUCAAGAAGGGCAUCUGCCUCAGCUGCCGCAAGAACCGCUGCAAUAACAUCGGCUACAACACCCGGAAGAUGCGUAAGAGGCGCAACAGUAAAAUGUAUCUGAAGACGCGUGCCGACAUGCCCUUCGGAGGCUACCACUACCAGAUGAAGAUGCACGUGUUCAACAGGAAACAGGCAGACAACGCAGAUCCCACCUUCCACGUCAAGUUGUACGGAGCCCAUAACGAUACAGCAAACAUAUUUGUCGACGUCCACGAUGAAGCCAUCGGUCUGAAUCUGACCAACACCUUCUUGGUGUUCACUGAGAAGGAUAUUGGCGACCUGCUGAAGAUCCAACUGAGCUGGGAAGGAGAAACCGAAUCCUGGAACUCAGUGUGGAAGAACUUGAAGAAGAAUUUCUGGGCCUGGAACGCCAAGCCUCCUAAACCCGUGCUGGCAGUCCGGCGAAUUCGCGUGAAAGCUGGGGAAACCCAGAAGAAGUUUACAUUCUGUGCCCAAGAUCCUGUAAAAAACGAAAUUUCACCAGGGGACUCCAUAACUUUCGUGAAAUGUCGCGACGGCUGGGAAGUGAAGCCAAGAAAACGGCUGCCCAUGUAACAACUCAGCACUUCCAACAACCAAUGCACCAUCACCAUGGGGGACCCAACAUGGAUCAGGGAGAAGCACCGCCUUCUCUUUGUUGAGCACUUUUUUUUUUCGUAGGAGGAGCAGCACACGGUGAGAGGGGCUCGACUGGACUCUUUACUGCAUCGGGAAGGUUUCCGAUGGUUUCUGGAGAAGAGGACUUGUGGGGGGGGGCGGCUCCGUCCAUUCCCGAAAAAUAACCUGGAGGCUGAAAAUGGAGGGGCUGCCCUCAAAUGUGUUAAGAUGGCCCGAGGAGUUGCAGAACGUUCCUUGUGUGGACUAGUGAUGUAGAAUACAGAUCUGUGCCAGUGGACAAUGACCAGCAGUUGUAGUUUCUGUACUGUACAUUUUAAAAUAUUUUUUAUUUAUGAGAAAAAUGGAAGCACUGCAAGACCAACGUUAUUUAUCAGAGCACAUCCCAUAAUGAAGCAUAUGUUGGAUGCAUUUCUCUUAGAUGCAGUAUUUGUGUGUGUGUGUAAACUGUAUGUGUUGUGUGUGUGUGUGUGUGUUGUUUGUGUCUGUUGUGACCAAGAAGUGUGCCUUUCUGCUGAGAGAUUACUGAUACACUGUAUAACUGAUGGAGACGCCUGAUCUCAUUGCACACGACCUUUUCUGAGGUUUUGUGCAUAGUGGUACUGUUUGUUGCUUAUUUUGAGGAGGGGGGGGGGGGGGUUGUUUGUG